CUGAACUUAAUUUAUGAUAAUAUUUUUCCGAAUUCAGUUAAAAAAAGAAAAGCUCUAAUUUGCAAUUGAUUCUUUAUUAUAUAAGCAUCCAAUACAAACCCAUGAUUGAUCAUACACACAUUCCCCACACCACAUCAUCUCUUCCUUUCCCCUUCAAAUCUCCUUUCUUCAUCAUUAAACUUAACCCCUCCAAAAUACGAAAAUGGGGGAUGAUAAUACACCAAGAGAACCCAUGAUAUCCAGAUCAAGAAACCCACCAAAAUCAUUCAAUCGUCUUCUUUCACAUGCUCAUGAUGAAUUACACACUUUUCGUUCUUACCUUCUUUGGAUGUGUGUUGAUCAAUCUAAUUUUUACACUACAUUUCUCUCUUGGUUUGUUUUUCUCGUUUUUACAAUUAUUGUCCCUGCCUUUUCCCAUUUUUACCUUGCUUGUCCCUCUUGUGAUGCCAAACAUAGCCGACCUUAUGAUUCACUUGUGCAAAUUUCUCUAUCCGGCAUUGCAACAUUGUCCUUUCUUUGUUUGACUCAUUUUUUGAAGAAAUAUGGAUUGAGAAGAUUUUUGUUUUUUGAUAAACUUGUUGAUGAGAGUGAUUCUGUUCGACGUAAUUACACAAAUCAGCUCAAUAGAUCACUGAAGAUUGUAUCCGUCUUUGUUCUUCCAUGUUUUGUAGCUGAAUGUGCUUACAAAAUCUGGUGGUAUGCUUCUGGGGCCACUCAAAUUCCUUUCUUGGGUAACAUCAUCUUGAGUGACAUUGUAGCAUGCUCAUUAGAGCUAAUCUCAUGGCUGUAUCGGACAUUAGUCUUUUUCUUGGUGUGCAUCCUCUUCAGAUUGAUCUGCUACCUCCAGAUCCUACGGUUGAAGGAUUUUGCCACAGUGUUCCAGGUAGAUUCGGAUGUUGGGUCUGUUCUGGUUGAGCAUCUUCGAGUCAGAAGGCACUUGAGGAUCAUCAGUCAUCGUUAUCGUGCAUUUAUCUUGUGUGCCUUGAUAUUCAUCACUUCUAGCCAGUUUACAUCCCUAUUGUACACUACCAAAAACCAUGGUGAUAUGAGCAUUUUCAGAGCCGGAGAACUUGCACUAUGCUCCAUGACUUUGAUGACUGGGCUUGCCAUAAUACUGAGAAGUGCUACAAAGAUAACACACAAAGCUCAGGCAAUCACAUCUCUUUCUGCCAAAUGGCAUGUUUGUGCAACCAUUGACUCCUUUGGUGCCACGUCUGAGAACGAAACACCAGUACUCCAUAACUCCAAUAACGCAGGAGGUGCUGGUUUCUUCGAUGCUCGAAGUGGAGAAUCUGAUGAUGAUGAAGCCGGAGAUGAGGAGGAUGAUGUUGACAACACCAAAUUUCUCCCUGCUUACGCCUACAGCUCAAUCUGUUUCCAGAAACGACAAGCUCUAGUGACAUAUUUUGAGAACAAUAGAGCUGGGAUUACAGUUUACGGAUUCAUGUUGGAUAGGACUUGGCUCCAACUCAUUUUUGGCAUUGAGUUAUCUUUAGUACUAUGGCUGCUUGGAAAAACCAUUGGUAUUUAACGGAAAACAAGAUCACCAUUAACGCAUAAGGAUAUUUAUCCAAUCUUUGAUGCUUUUAUGAUCGUGUUAUAUUCCUCACUUUCGUUGAAGCUCCCUCACCAUGACGAGGGGGCUGAGGAGACGACUGGUUUGGCAGACGUGGCUUGAUCAUCGUUCAAGGCGACAACAUUGAAGUACAGUGAAUUUCACCAUUUUGUCGAGUAAUUAUUCUAAAUUCUUUUACAGUACCCAUUUGUAGAAUCUACAUCCCUGUAUUGUUAUCUUUCUUGUACUUAGCAUUUUCAUCACAGGAAACAACAGCCUUGUCAUUUUUGUAAUUUUGUUAAAUUUAUGAUAUGUGGUUAUUUUGUGUAAUUUGGUUCUGGUUUGUAAUCUUAUAUUUGUCACAUUAUCAAUAUUACCAACGUUUUUGUAAUUCGAAAUCUCAAUUGGGAGAAGAAAAUACGAUAAUCUCACUGAAACAAAUU